GGCAGUCUUUGAGAGACUCUGUGAGGCAGACAGAUGUCACGCAACCUGUUGCUUGUCCAGAUGCAUUGGCAACUCUUGGCUCUCCUCUCCCUGUUUUGUCAGAUGCUUAUAUUGACGUUAGCUGCGAUAAAACGUGAGAGCUGGCAACAGGACUGCAAGAGCUGUCUGGAGUGUUCGAAGGAAAACGGUUGUCUGCGCUGCUCUGAACGGCUCUUCCUUUUCCUCAACAGAGAUGGCAUGAGUCACCACGGCUCUUGCCUUCACUCCUGUCCCUCUGGACACUUUGGCCUCCGAGGGAAAGACGUCAACCGCUGCAUAAAAUGCAAAGCUCCAGAGUGUGAGAUGUGCUUCAACAAAGACUUUUGCACCAAGUGCAAAGGAGGCUAUCUGCUCUUCAAAGGCAAAUGCUUCAAAAGCUGCCCCGAAGGCACAUUUCGCCAGUCCACAGACUGUGUUGAAGGAUGUGUGUUCAGUCCCAUUGGUUUCUGGGGUGAAUGGAGCUCUUGUCAGCACAAUGGUCUGAGCUGUGGUGUCAGAUGGGGUCAACAGAGUAGGACCCGUGAGCUGUCAAGUAACAUGCCGGAAGAGAAAGAGACACUGUGUCCACCUCAGACUGAGAGCAGGAAGUGCCGUAUGAAGAAGAGGUGCCUGAAAGAUAAAAGGAAGAAUGAAAGGAGAGAAGAAAGAAGAAAGGCACAGAAAAAGCUGAAGCUCUUCAGUAACAGAACCGUCACGGAACAUACAUGAGGAACGUAAGAUUCUGGGAAGAUUCAGCAGGAUGAGGAGACAGUCGCACUUGUUAUGUUUUAUUAAUUGAUAAUACUGUAUAUGUAAACUAUUUUUUUCAUAAACAAGCUAUUUUUUAUAUUUGUAUAAAUAUAUGUUAAUUGUAACAUUUCUACUUUAAAAAUCAGGAUAUGACAUGUAACGAGAGAUCACACAUCUGAAAAUCUUUUUUAUGUAUUAAGUUUUGUUUACAUUACUAUGGAAUAUCAUAACCUGUAUUUAUGCAUUCUUUUUGACAAGUUGGGGAGGGUUUCACCCAACACAACCAUAUGACUACCGAAACUUCUGUCAUCAUUUACUCACCCUCAUGUUGUUCCAAAACCAUAUGAUUUUCUUUGUUUAGUGGAAUACAAAAUGAGAUGUUAAGCAGUAUGUUACUCUAAGUCACCAUUCACUUUCAUUACUUAUUUUUUACUAUACAACUAAAGUAAACGGUCUAAUGGGCUUUAGUAUUACAUGAGUAAGUAAUAAAUGAUGACUUUUUGAAAUUAUGAAUUAAAAUUUUUGGGUGAAUUAUCCCUUUAAACCUACAGUACAGUGUGGUUUAACAAAGACAAAAUGCAUGUUGGGCUAUGACACUGUACAUUUCUGUUUGAUGUAUAACAGACAGACAGCGUCAAUCUCUUGUCAUGUGGCCAGCGCUUCCUGUACGUGGUUUGGGCAUCUUUUUCUCCUGUGUGUUUGCCAGCUGCAUACUCUCCCUGUAUUUGCACUUCUUCACUAUAACGGCAUUAGAGAAAAAAGACACGGAACAAUGUUGUGUUGUAAAAGGAUGCCAAGGUCAUGGCCUUGCAAUCCAUUUAUUCAAUCUCCUGUCAUAAGAGACUGUGGAAUCGAGCCAUGUGAUUGGCUGUAGACCUGUCAUGUGACCCAAUGAGCACAGAUUUGUUCCUUAAUUUGUAUAAAGAAAACAAACUAUGAUAAUAAAUUAAUUUGUUUUGUCCUGUACAUUUGUAAGUUAACUUACCACUAUUGUGCAUACUUAGUUUAUCGAGCUGAAUUUCAAGAGUAAUAUUUCUUUAUUUUCUUAUACCCUCGUGUGUACUCUUAAACCCAGGCUCAUUGGAUCACUCUUUUAUUUCAACUGAUUACUGUCCCCUUGUGAAAAAUGAAAUAUUCUUCAACAUGUUGCUUUUGUUUUUAGAUGGAUGGGAAUUUACUGAUUUGGAUGUGAUUUAUUUGCACUUUCCAUGUGUUGGUUUUCACAUUACUCUCACAGGCUGUUGAAUUGUGUUUACUGGAAAAAUCACAGUUUGUAAGAGAAAUGUUUCUCAAGUGAUUAGCCCCAAAUGGGCAUUUUGAAAGUGAUAGAAAAGAGAAAGGGGUGUUUUGUGUUAUGAAACAAAGAAAUCAGGUGUUCAGAGAAUAAACACUUUUUC